AUGCAAACUUUAUUUGACGUUGGCGAAUGUCAUUUAAAAGGAUUCAACGUCGAAACACUGCAGUGUUCAAACUGUGAUGAAUUAAAUAAUUUUCAUCUUGAUAAUUUGAUGAACGAUUGUAAAGGUUGUUGUACAUCAGAUAAUGACGAUGCAAAUCAGCAGCAAGAGAAAUAUUCAAAAGCUAUUAUCGAAAUAUGUGAAUGUAAUUUGGCACGUUUUCCUCAAGUUCAAGCAUUCGUUAAGUCAGAUAUGGUUAAUCAGUGGGGAAAUAAAGUUAUAGUUCGACAUGUUCGAGGAACAUUGCCUACAAUUAAAUUGCUUGAUUCAUUUGGAAUGCCUGGUAGAGUUAUGAAUAUUGAAAAAUGGGACACAGAUGCCAUUAAUGAAUUUUUAAAUGCUUGGAUCGAAUCCUAA